AUGGAGCCCUUGGCGGCACACUCGUGGCUGUUGCAGAGUUACUUGCCCCAGAACCAAAUUCCAAACCAAGUUGGUGUCCUGCAGCCGCUUAACCCUCAGCUGUCCAGUCAGAAGGCUUUUACAGCUGACCCAGCCUGUAUCUACCAAAAUCAGAAUCCAGCUAAUUCUGAACAGGCCACCACUUGCAGGGGAACGGAAAAAAUGGAUCAACCUAUAUAUAUAACCAUAAUUUCCAAAUCAGAGGUUGUACCAAUGCCAUUGUCCAAUUCCACGCUUGAACAGAAACCAAUGUACGCCAAGCACCUUUUGCAAUGUGAAGGCUCUGAGCAACUUGAAGAAUUGAGAGCCAAAGCAUAUUUAAAAAGGGCAGAACGUCUCAAAAGGCACAAGGAAUGGGAGGAUGAAGACAAAGAGUUCAUGAAAAAGAAAGAAAAUGAUCUCCUUGAACUGCCAAAGUUACAGCAGAAAUUGGAGCAGCUCUCCCAGACAUCAUCUUCAUCCCAGAAAACAAUGGCAUUGCCAUCUACUCACCAAUCUUUUCUAAGCACCACAGUGGCUUGUGAGAAGAGUAUGCAUAACCUUCACAUCCGCUGUGAGGAUUCUGUCCAGCCACCGCAGAAACGUUCUAUCAUCUCCCACCAUUUUCACCACAGUGAACAGCAUUUGAACAGUUCUCAUCAGAAAGUGCAGCACUCCAUGGAAAUGAUAUGCACUUCAGAUGCCAGAAACAAUUCUGGUUUCUUUGAGAAUCAUCAGCCAACUCCAAACGCAUCAAGCCUUAUACCAACAUCUUUGUGUGAAGUGGAGCCAUCUCAUACUAUUCACACAAAAGAGGCUCUGGGCUUCUUCAUGGAUGUGUUCCAAGCACCUUCCUUAAAAGACACCACUCUGCAUUCAGAAGAAGAUGAGGAAGGACCAUGUAAGACUUCCAGUUUUAAUAAACCUACUCUUUCAACUGUACCUGUUCCUGUACCUGCUUUAACAAUUUUCGAAGAUGAGAAUGCAGAGCCCCUACAAUCUCGCCCAAAGUCAACAGAAGUCAAAGUUUUGGGUGAAGGUCCCAUAACAGACUGUGCAGCCAAACCAGCAGAAGGAAGUCAGUCACCUGAGAGCCUGACAGGUGACUUCGCUGUGUGGGCUAAUCGCUGCAACAAAAGCUUGGCUCCAAGAGAUGGCUUAAAAGGAAAAAAAAGGGUUUGA